AUGUUUAUCAUUUCCUGUGUGCAGAUUAGACUGACUUUAAUUUUGAAAAUCUUUAGCGGAAGUAACUGCUGUUACUUUUGACAGGCUUGAUGACAGUCCCACCAAAGACUACGGUUGUCCCGUUAGGAGGAGGCUGUUAACGGUUCGCUCGAGUCUACAUCCUCCGGGGAGGAAAAGAAGGAGAAGAGAAAGGGACAACUUUCUUAAAAAAAUGUUCAUGAAUCCCUCCCGUACAAUUUGGAGACUUUUUUUGACCCCGGCGUCGUGGUGGAUAUUUACCAUUUGUCUGGGAGGUAUCUUCCUUCCAUCAUGCUCAGGAGUUCAUGUCUUUGUGAGAGAUGAAAAGAAGUACGCCAUUCUGUUCCAGUCGGUGGUUCUGCCUUGCCAGUACACAAGUGUGUCAACCCAGACGGCUGUGGUGCAGUGGGUCUACAAGUCGUACUGUCGGGAUCGAACCAGAGAUUCGUUUAGCAUUACGGACAGUCUGAAUGGCGGUGUGAGUGGAACAGGGCUAUCGGGUAGGAACGGAGUAAUCACUGGAAGCUAUGAGGCUGGGAGGACGAUGGGAUACCUUGACUGUUCUGACAACAGUCGGACCGUACGGACCGUGGCCUCCAUCUCUGGAUCCUCAGUCACACUAUCCGAGUUCUACAAGAACAGAGACAUCUCCAUCAUCAACAAAGCAGACCUCCGAAUAGGAAGAGUGAAGUGGGGAGACAGUGGAGUGUACAUCUGCAAAGUGGUUAUAUCUGAUGAUCUGGAGGGACAGAAUGAAGCUUCAGCAGAACUGCUGGUUCUUGGUUUUUCAGGGGUGCCUGAAGAUCUUCUGCCAGACUUUCAUUUGAAGAUUAUGCCAGAGUGGGUGUUUGUGGUAGCAGUGGUGUUUGGCAGUGUCUUGCUCCUGGUGCUGGUUGGGGUCUGCUGGUGUCAGUGCUGUCCUCAUUCCUGCUGCUGCUAUGUUAGCUGCUGGUGUUGCCCUGACACGUGCUGCUGCCCCAGACACCUGUAUGAGGCAGGUAAGGGUAUAAGGUCGGGCGCCUCAAGCCCCCAGGCUCCCUCAUACCCUCCAUACUUUGUGUCUGGCGUUCCAACCAUGGUGCCCAUAGCCCCACCAUCCCUCGUGGACAACGUGUCUUCUGUUCAACCCACAAAUGGCAGCCUUGUCACGACAGUGCCCGUACAUGCUGUAGGGGUUCCCUACUGUGUGCCGUCUCCGGAUCAUGACUCUCUCAGAGUGCUACAGUAUGUAGAGAAACAGCUGGCUCACCUCAACCCUUCCAGGUCCAUCAGUCGUCAGUCCUCUAGUCACUCUGAGCUGAGCUCUCUCCAUGAAGGGGACACUGCCUUCCGACAAAACUACCAAACCGUUCAGCAGAAAGCCCUCCCGGUGAUUCCUGACCAUGACCCUCAACCUGAACCUCAGCGCUCCUGUGAAGUCCACAGUCCAGAGACGCAGCGCCACCAUAACAAACACUCGUCACCCCACCGUUACCGCCAUGACCCGGCCUCAGACCCUCAUGACUGCCAGGAUGAGCCUCUGCUGCCCCGUCGGUACAGUGAUGAUCCUCCCCCUUCCUCGCGCUCAAACAGGACUGGCAGGAAUCAGUGGCAGCCCGGUCCUCAUGAGGAGGAGAAGUACAACAGAUGGAACCCUCGUUCAGAACAUCUACAUCGAAAGGCAUAUCGCACCACCGGACGCAGAGGCUCUCUCGUUGAGCUGGAGGAGUUUGCUGAUUCCUAUGAGCAGAGAGGAGACAGAGGAGCAAGGAGGAGAGAACAAGAAAGGGAAGACUAUGAGACGGAGCUUGUGGAGUUCAGAGGGUAUCCGUGCUACCGUAACGGUCCCCCACAGUACUAUCACGACAGCGAAAAGGAUCUGGAUGAUGACGACAACCACGAAGAGCAUUCCAGGCACUACAAGCAAAACAGACACAACAUAAGCCCACUGCACUCUCCUAAAAAGAGGAGGGGCACGUGGGAAAAAGAGGUCAACGUCCCACCUCCUCCUACAACAGGCCCUCAACUGACAGUCUUUGAAGAAAAGGACUACGAUGCCACAUUCCUAAAUAGUCUGCUAGAGCGCAAGGCUAAGUUGCGAGGAGUUGGUCACGGAAGGAGUAGAUCCCGGAGUGAAGACGAUUCUGAUACACCCUCAAAGGGCAGCUCCAGAAAAGGGAGUAGGGAAUCUAACCUUCAGUGUAGCCACAUAGCCAGUAGCAGACCUGAAACCAGUUCAAGACCUCCUUCAGCGGACACAGAGAGAGCGAGAGGUGACAGGCCGUCUCCACGCCCACCUCAAGCAAGCACCCACUCCUCCCAGCCAUCCGCCCACUCACUGUCCAGUCGGAGGGAAGAACACAGGGAGAAGGGUCAUAAGGUGGUCAGGUUCAGAUGCUACAAGAAUGAAAACUAGAACACUCUUCUGAGCCGGGAUUCUCUCAUCGUCUGAUCGACCUGAAGAGAAGUCCUGAAGCUUCAAUCUGCAGAAACUGCACGUCAGCUCCAGAAAAAAACUGAGUACGAGUGUGGAUUUACCCGCAGUAUGCUCGGUACAAUUCUCAGAGGAAUACGAGGAAUAUCGAGUCAGUGAAGAGGACAAUGAUAACACUGGUGCUUCCCGGCUGUGAUCUCAGUGGUGGGUGAAGUCACAGACUGCAUCAUGGGUUUCACUGCUACCAAACUAAUGUUAGCGUGGACGCAUGACCUGGACCGUCCUCCUCCGCCGGCCGUCGUCUGCUCUACCGUCUCUUUACUGGGGCAGAGACUUGCUUCGCCCUUCCAGUACAAUGAGAGCGUUCAUUUCUAUUGGAUGGGAGAUGUGAAUGAAGAUGCACGUUUGCAGAGCAGGCAGUAAAUGACAACAGCAUUAGUGUAAAAGACUCACUGUCUGCCUUGUAAAACAAUAAGCUCAUUACAUCAUGUUGAUACGUACUUAAGUACUAAAGCACUUAUCUUGGAGAAUUAUGAGAACGUUAACGUUACAUCUAAGAAUGUUUUUAGAGUUAUGGAGGCAGUAAUUAUGACUGUAAUUAAUACAUGAGACAUUAACACAAACAAUGAAGAUGCAGAGAACAUGUUGCACAACUUCUCCCAGCAAUCCAAACAAUUAAUUGCAAAAAAUAUAUAUACAUAUAACUGUGAAGUAGUAAUUAUUCAUCAAAUACUGUCAUAUUUCUAAAGUUCAUCCGCUUCUAGUUUUAUAUUAAUCUUUGUUUUGGAAAACUGCAUUUUCCUGUAAAUAUAAUUUCUUGUUCACUGUUUACAUAAGUUAACUGCAUACAUCACCCAGCAACAUCUGAAGAUAGUGCAUGGAAAUGUUCCUCUGGUCCUUUAGUGAUAUCUCAAUACUGAUGGUUGUGUCUGAAUUCCUUCACUACUCACUACAAAGUGCACUUUAUAGUGUGUUUGCUAUUUUAUAGAGCUGUCUGAAUCUACAGUUCUAUAAUCCAGUCACCUCGACAUUUCCCAGAAGUCUGUGAAAAACCAGUGAGCAUCAAUGCUCACUAGAUUGGCAAAUAUAGACCACAAUGCAUUGUGUUUUAAGGAUUUUUCAUGUGAAAAAAAUUAUUUUAAUUUAUUUUUUACAAACCAUCCAAGUUUUCAUCUUCAGAACACUAUAGAUUC